AUGUCGUCAAACCUCUCUCUGGUUCUCUCUUUCUUGCUAGCCAUUUCGUCGUCCUCGUGUUCCUCUAGGGCUCAAGCCAUGGGUGUGAACUGGGGCACCACAGCCUCGCACCCACUGCCACCGGCGAAGGUGGUGGAGCUCUUGAAGUCCAACAACAUUACCAAAAUCAAGCUCUUCGAUGCCGACCCCUUCGUCCUCAACGCUCUCUCCGGUUCAAAAAUUGACUUAACUAUUGGCAUUCCUAAUUCCAUGCUUCGCAGCUUGAACUCUUCCAAGAAGGCCGCCGAGAGUUGGGUGCAUGAUAACCUCACUCGGUAUUCCUCCGAUGGAGCCAAUGGAGUUCGAAUAGAGUAUAUUGCUGUUGGAGAUGAGCCAUUCCUUCAAAGUUAUGGUGAGCAAUUCUAUCCUUUUGUUGUUGGGGCGGCUGCCAAUAUCCAAACAGCUCUGAUCCAAGCUAAGUUGGCAAAUGAGGUUAAAGUUGUGGUUCCAUGCAGUUCCGAUGCCUUUCAGUCAGAUUCUGGCCUGCCCUCAAAAGGACACUUUAGGCCUGAUGUCAACAAAACCAUGAUUGAGCUCCUGAAGUUUCUCACAAGGCAUCGCUCUCCUUUCUUUGUGACCAUAUCCCCUUUUCUAAGUUACCACCAAACCAAAAACAUUUCCCUGGACUUUGCUCUCUUCAAAGAAAAUGCACGCCCUCGUAACGACAGCCAUAAAAUCUAUAAAAACAGCUUUGACUUAAGCUUUGAUACCCUUGUUAAUGCUUUAUCUAUUGCUGGGUUUCCUCAGAUGGAUAUUGUCAUUGCAAAGAUUGGUUGGCCUACCGAUGGAGCUGCCAACGCCACUUCAUAUAUUGCUGAGACAUUCAUGAAAGGCCUGAUGGACCACCUUCACAGCAAAUCAGGGACUCCGCUGAGGCCUCGGGAUCCUCCAAUAGAAACUUACAUAUUUAGCCUUUUGGAUGAAGACCAGAGAAGCAUAACCUCUGGAAAUUUUGAGAGGCACUGGGGGGUGUUUACUUUUGAUGGCCAAGCAAAGUACAAUGUUCAUUUUGGUCAGGGCUCUGGAAAGCUGCUGAAUGCGCAGAAUGUUGAAUACCUUUCAUCCAAAUGGUGUGUAGUAAAUAACAACAUAGAUUUGUCCAAUGCAACUGCUAGUGCUCUAGAGGCGUGUUCUGUUGCUGAUUGCUCUGCACUGUCUCCUGGUGGUUCUUGUUAUAACAUUAGGUGGCCCGGGAAUAUAUCGUAUGCAUUUAACAGCUAUUAUCAGCGGCAGGAUCAAAAGGCAAACAGUUGUGGUUUUGGGGGGUUGGGCUUGAUUACCACUGUUGAUCCCUCAGUGGAUAAUUGCAGGUUUUCUGUGGAGCUAAAAGCUUCUCAAUCAAUUUCCAGUCUUGGGUACUGUAUUGUCCAUUGGAUGAUCCCACUAAUGGCAACCAUUUUGUUAUGUUUCCUCGGUGUAAGUUUUUAG